GAGACUCUCAGAGUCUCAAGAAGUCGAUAGUGUUUAUACUUUAUAUGCUCUUUGGUCGAUGUCGAUUUGAUCGUACAUUACUACUAAAACUAGAAGUGACUUCUUAUUGCUCUUAUUAGCUUUAAUUUCCAAUUCCUGAAAAUGACAUUCAUACCUAGCUGGGAAGAAUUUGAAAGAUCUGCAGAGAUGUUAUAUUUGCGUGACCCAUUGAACACGCGAUACAGCAUGAAGUAUUCCCAUUCUAAGGGGGCAUUUCUUGUUAAAAUUACAGAUAACAAAAAGUGUCUGCAAUACAAAACAGAAGUUCAGCAAGAUGUCAGGAAAAUAGACAAGUUUAUUUCUAAUCUAAUGAGGCAUAUGGCAUCUAAUGAUAAAUAAAAAAUUUAUUAGACCUUAA